CUACUGUGAUGGCUAGGAAAGAAAAGAUCAAGGGACACUGUUUUAUUUGUCUCAAACAAGGUCACCACCAGAAAAAUUGUAAAGUGAAGAAGGCAUGUGUUUAUUGCAAACAAAGAAAUCAUCACCACAGAAGUCUCUGCAUCAAGAUUCCAGUUGAGAAGCCCUCAGAAAUGGCACAUUCUGUUACUGAACCCUUAUCUGCUACUGUUGCUACAGAACAUACCUUGCUGUCUUCUGAUGAACAAGUACUGAUGCAAACUGCCACUGUUGAAGUAGAAAAUUUGCAAAAAUCAAGACAAGUGACCACCAGAUUGCUUCUAGACCCAGGCAGCCAAAGGACCUACAUCACCAAUGAGCUGGCAGAAAAACUCCAGUUGCGAAUCACAGGAUCAGAAACACUGACAGUGUACACAUUCAGUGCAUCAAAACCCAGAGAGCUUCACACUUCUGUCACUGAACUCCGGCUGUUAGCAAAGGAUGGAUCACCUCUGCAUUUAAGGGUCAAUGCUGUACCCAAGAUAACUGGUAACCUACAACGAGCAUACUUCAACCCAGAGAAAUUCAGUCACUUACUUACGGACAUUCCUCUUGCCAAUUCAGUACCCUCAACUAAAGAAACUGCCAACAUAGAACUGUUGCUAGGUAAUGAUUAUUGUGGGUAUCCAUGCUUCAGGAAUUUCAAUUCCACUAUCCCUGUUGAUGUUAUUAGGGUGAAGUCUUAUGUGAAUAGCUUCCUUGACCCUACAUGUUGCAUGCCCUUGGAAAGCAGCCUGGCGGUGUACGUUACAUCAACAGGAGCCCCUGUUACUUCAGUUGUCCAACCUGGUCUGGACAUGUCAGCGAUCGAUAGCCAUUUCGUGAACUUUAAAUCUUUGUCAAGUAGCAAACCUUACCAGAAGCAAAAGUCUUCCUUGGAGCGACAGUUGUCAAGUUUCCUCGCCUCUCUUUCACCCCCAAAGGCCAUGCUCUCCGCCACCUCCAAGGAUAUCGUUAAAUUUCUUCUUAGUAAAGAUAGGACAGGGAAAACCGUUGUUCACGUUAGGACAUGUGACAGGAAAGUCUGUAAAUGCCCCCACUAUUUAGUGGCCGGUUGCGUGGACUCCCUCAUCGGAAAGUUGCGUGCUAUUUAUAAUAAGUUAGGCCGUUUCAAUCAUGCAAACCCUGUUUCUCACUUGCUGGUAAAGGAAUACUUAAAAUUCACCAGGGAAGAGCAAGCGAGUUUGGCGGUCUCUCCUAAACAGGCAGUCCGUCUUUUCUUUACGAAAUUCAAGUCACUCAUUCGUCACUUUAGGGUGAAAAUAGCGGCAAGUGCGUCGCUUUCCCUUGUUAUUAAAUAUAUCCUUGUUAGGGAUGCCACCUUCUUGUGGAUUUUUUCACUGGGGACAGAGCAUCGCAUUUAG